AUGUCCACCGCACAGAUAGAUACGACCACGCCACCGCUUGCAGCUGAUGAGAGGGGCACCAACGACAGUGAAGUACGAAUCGAGACAUUGUUGACAAUGGACGACCUCUCGAAUAGCCUAGAAGACUUGACGACUGCGUUUGAGGGCUUCAGUGACUUGUCGGCGCACUUCGCGAAUAUUCCAUCGGAAUAUGAACUCACACUGAAAGACGUCGAGGCUUGCAUCGAGGAAAUCAGAAUACACGAACAGAACCAGCAAGAGGAAUUCGAGGCGAUCAAAUCGAAGAUGGGCGUCGAUAUCAAGGAGCAGGUCGAGUCGAGCAUCAGAGGUAAAAUAGCAGACUUGAUUAGAGAGGAGGCAAUGAUACAGGUUCGGGAACAAGUUGAUGGACAAAUUCGGGAGCAUAUUCCUGUGAGUCUUGAGGACCAGGUCAAGGAGACGAAGCGGCAGCUGCAGGAGGUCCAAAUAUCCUUAAAGAAUUCGGAAGCGAGGGUGGUCAAUUCGUUCAUCCAGAGCAUGAACUUGUUCGACAACCUGUCGCCGGUCUUGACGUCGGCCGGAGAGAAGAGCCCUCUAUAUCCAGUCAACGUAAAGUCGUUAUUUGGAUACGACCUGGAGUCGGCCAAGAAGUUGAGCAGAGAUUACGAGCUGAGGGAGGCAGAUGACCUGCACACAAACUUCAGGCAGUUCUUGAAGCACAUCGGGACCAAUGUCGAUGUCUUCAUACCGGAUGACAGUGAAGACUGA